UUGAAAGAGAAAGAAAGAGCGAGAGAGAGAGAGAGACUUGCAGGCGACUUGUUUGCUGAGGAUAUUAGAUUUCUCUAUUCAUCGUCGUUAGUUCUUUCUCCUCUCUUCCAGCUCUCAUAGGACGUCUGAUGUGCUGUCAAUCCCCGUUGUAGCCUCUCACUCUCGUUUUGUCUGGCCGUGGACACCGACUGGACAGCCGUGAUCUGUUCGAAACGGGGCCGGUACAUUACCACACCUUUAUUGUGCGUUGAAGCCACUGUCUGAAUAGCGAAGGCACUACCCGCGAACCGAAUAAUUCCUGAAUGGUUCAGUUGGGACUUUUUUUUACGUGUAUUUUCGUUCGUAUUUUUAUGUUCGACAUUUUGCUCCAGAAUAAGUCUGUUUUAGAAGAUCAAGACAAGUGAAUGGCUAUACCAAUAUCAGUGGUACUGUAAACCAAGUCAUAGCCCAGAGGAGACCCUAACAUCAUUCGAUUGUGGCUUUCUUGGACCUUACUUUUUGUGAGUAGAUUGUGGGAUAAUAUAUUUUUUUUCUCCCACGGAUCUUUGGAUUAGCAGAACUGUUGAAUUGAUACAGGCUAAUACACGUAAUACUCACCAAGAAGAAAGAUGGGGAAGAGUGUCUAGUGUCGCCAGGAGAGGAAUGCCCCAGACUGUGUGCCCAGCAGCAGGCACCAUGUUCACCCCCAGUGGCUUCAACCCCCACCUGGCCUCCACCUGCUCUGAGGCUGACCCGGUGAUUGAGGAUGAAGGGGGCCCUCAGGAGGCCCGGGGGCCUGGGGCUUGCCUGGCCGAAGGACCCCCCAUCACCUCCGCCUCCCUGGACACUCUCAUCCAGCACCUUGUGCCCACCACAGACUACUACCCAGAGAAAGCCUAUGUGUUUACGUUCCUGCUGAGUGCCCGUCUGUUCAUCUCUCCUCCUGAGCUUCUGGCCAGACUCUGUGAGACCUGCAUCAAACAACAGCAGCUGGACCAGAGUCCACUGGACAUGGCUAAAGUGAGGAAGUUUGGUCCCAAGAUCCUGCAGCUGCUAACAGAGUGGACAGAGACAUUCCCCACAGACUUCAGAGAGGAGAAGAUGGUGGGCCUGUUCAAAGACAUUAUCCACAGGAUAGCACCCUGUGAUGAGGCGUACUGGAAGACACUGAGUCAGGUCCUGCAGACCCUGAACCAGAAGCUUGCAGCCAUCGCCCAGGGAGAGGAGUGCAUCGUCAAAGUGAAUGCCUCCUCGGUAUCCUCAAUCUCUGACAAGCUGGUGGCCUUCAAGACCAAGUCUCCACCCAUCCAGAAGGAAAUGCUGUCUAUCUGCAACGACCCUUACACACUUGCACAGCAACUCACCUAUAUAGAACUGGAACACCUGAGUCACAUCGGCCCUGAAGAGUUUGUACAAGCCUUUGUUCAGAAAGACAAACUGGAUAGCACUCAGCCGUGUUUCAGUGAGCAGAAGAAGAAGACCACUAACUUGGAGGCUUAUGUCAGGUGGUUCAACAGGCUGUGCUACCUGGUGGCCACUGAGAUCUGCAUGCCUGCUAAGAAGAAGCAGAGGGCCCAGGUGAUUGAAUUCUUCAUCGAUGUGGCCAGAGAGUGCUUCAACAUCGGCAACUUCAACUCCCUCAUGGCCAUCAUCUCUGGUAUGAAUAUGAGUCCUGUGUCUCGGCUGAAGAAGACCUGGGGGAAAGCCAAGACUGCCAAGUUCUUCAUUCUGGAGCAUCAGAUGGACCCUACUGGAAACUUCUACAACUACAGAACAGCACUGAGGGGAGCUGCCCACAGGUCCCAGACUGCUAAUAGCAACAGGGAGAAGAUUGUGAUUCCCUUCUUCAGCCUACUGAUCAAAGAUAUCUACUUCCUGAAUGAGGGAUGUGCCAACCGCUUGCCCAAUGGCCAUGUUCAUUUUGCGAAAUUUGUGGAGUUGGCUCGUCAGGUGGGCGAGUUUAUGACGUGGAAACAGAUGGAGUGUCCAUUUGAGACAGACAGGAGCAUCCUACACUACCUCCACACUGCUCCCAUCUUCAGUGAGGAUGGACUCUAUCUGGCAUCCUAUGAGAGUGAGAGUCCAGAGAACCAGGUGGAGAAGGACAGAUGGAAAGCACUCAGAUCUAAUAUUCUGGGGAAGACAAAAGAGUUAAAAGAGCUAAGAGAGCACCAUGGCAGCUAACCCUCAGGCCAGCCCAGCGAGGGAGGGAGUCGGUGUACUGCACUACAACAAACUGUGAAGGAGCCUAGCUGGUACUUAGGUGUUUUUCUACACAUGAAGAAUAGAAAUGAGGAAACAAUCAUGAUGAACGGGAUUCAUCACCAACAUGACCAGUAAAAACAAGAAAAGAAGAACAAACGUCAACAAGCGGUGAUAAGUGAAGCUAUCAUGGACACUGACUGGAGUAUAAGGCCAUGGUUUGACUAUUGUACAUUGGCUACAUUGGGUACUGUAUGUUAGUGAGGGAUAGAUCUAUCCCUCCAUCUUGUUGCAUAUUUACUCUUUGGGCUCAUGUUUGCUACCAGAGUGUUCAGUUACAGUGACAGGGAAAUCUACUGCUUUUUUAAAUGAAAUUCCUACUGAAAUUGUUGUUAUAUGAUCGUAUUUCUCUAUCCUUUCUUUCACUCCCCCACUUCCUCACUCCCCUUCUCUCUCACACCUACACCUUAUUUUUGUCGUGAAAGUUUUCUAUUGUACUGUAAGAAUCUGGUAAAAGUAAGAGUUACUAUGAUGUGAAGGGCACUGGCUUGCCCACUUACUGGCUAGCCCACUUACUGGCUUGCCCACUUACUGGCUUGCCCACUUACUGGCUUGCCCACUUACUGGCUUGCCCACUUACUGGCUUGCCCACUUACUGGCUUGCCCACUUACUGGCUUGCCCACUUACUGGCUUGCCCACUUACUGGCUUGCCCACUUGUUUUUGGUCCUCGAAAGACUACUAAUGAUGACUACUAUUGAGUACUUGCACUGACUGGAGAAGCCUACAGCAUUAUAUCAUUCCACAUACAGUACAUAAAUACAUAGACGAUAUAGUGUGUGUCUGCAGGGCUGGCUCCAGGCAUAAGCGGACGCUUAGGGCACGCGGUCGCUAGGGGGCCCCUGGCCAAAACAUUUUGAUAAUUUUUUUGGAACUCCAUCGGGGUCUCAACUUUCUAUUGAGAGUUAAACUAGUAUAAUACACCAGGUGCAAUUUAGAAAUGUGGUUGUGCAUCAACAGUGUUUCUCUUGUUAUGUCAGUCACUCGAUUACCUAACAAUUAGCCAUCCCAAGGUUUUGAUUGGUAGUAAGUCUAGCCAGCUAUCUAAACUUGUAAUGAUUUUGUUAGUCAUUAUCACUCAGAUAUCAUAUUAACAUGUCAUAAGUCAUGGCAAAAUAUGUAGAAUUGCAGGAAAUGUGCUUUAAAACUGCUAACCUUUCUCUCCACCACAUUGGAAAAUUGGUAGAAUUGCAUGAAAUUAGGUGUAAAACUGUAAAUGUUUUCACUGCGCCAUACUCAAAAUGAGUAUAAUUGUAUUAAAUGUGUUGUAAAAUUGCACAAUUUUCUCUCCGCCCCAUGGUAAAAUGUGUAUAAUUGCAGGAAGUUAAAUUCAAAGCAGACAUUUUCUCUGCCAUCAAGAGGGGAGCCACUAAAAUGUUUUGCAUCUCUCUUAGGGCCCCCAAAAGGCUAGAUUCAGUCGUGUGUGUGUGUGCGCGCGCGUGUGCGUGUGUAUAAUUCCCUCAUCUCAUUACAUCAUUACAUUUGGAUGAGUUGUCAACUAUUGUGAAAUCAACAAAAAAUGUCACCAUGUCAUUGGAUUUAGGUUAAAGGUCAGGAGAAAAAAAUACAAAAUGCCCUAACGUUGAUUAAAUCCAAUGAGUUUUCCACAUUGAUUCAACAUCAUCACAUAGAUUUUUUUUUGAUUGAAAUGCUGUGGAAACAACGUUGAUUCAACCAUUUUUUGCACAGUGGGCAGGGUAUUCUCAUCGCCAUGUAUUAAUCUACUGUACCUGUACAUUUUAGGAUUGGGGAUAUCAGUGUUGUUUACUCCUAUGUGAAAAUGAAUUGUGCCAUGAAAACGACAGCAAAACAAUCAAUCAUGUCCAGAGCCAGGCCUGUGUAUAGAUUGUGUAUAUAUGACUACUUUUCCCAUGUAGCCCCUGACAUCUUUCUGCUCUCCAGGAAGUAGUCUCUCUCUGACUGAUGUUCAGUUGUCUGAUAUUUAUGGAGAUUUCUGUAAUGACAGAUGUAUUUGGUUUUGUUUUGUUAUUAUUUUAUUGUAUUCCUCUAUUGAAAACAAAGUCUUCUAAAUGGCAUGCUAAAGACAGUGUUUUAAAGGGGCAUUAUAUGUAGGGUUCCACCAAUGAAAUACUGGAGGGAUUAUAGACCACUUUGGAAUAUGAGCUAUGUGAUUCCAUGUUGUUAAGAGACAGUUCUGAUUCAUUUUCAUAUGAUUGAUGUUCAAGUGAUGCAUUUAUAGCCAUUUCCUUCUUUAAACAACAAUCUCUCGCUCACUCCUCUCUCUCUCUCUCUCUCUCUCUCUCUCUCACUCCUCUCUCUCUCUCUCUCUCUCUCUCUCUCUCUCUCUCUCUCUCUCUCGCUCACUCCUCUCUCUCUCUGUUUUGAAAUUGUUUUGAAAUAGUCAUUUAACUCUUCCCCUACCCAGUUGCCUACACCCAUGUCAUGCCACACUGUGUGCUGUCCUGUAGGAUCAGGAGUUAUCCAAGGUAGUUGUUUUCAGUGCAGUGUUUUCAGUGAAGUGUGUGUGCGCGUGUGACACCCUGAAGCAGGCAGAUCACUGAUACCAUUUUAUUUACUGGUCAGAUUACAAGAUUCUGACUUAAAUAAAUGGCUUUUAAUAAAAUGUAA